GGACAUAAAUUACGCAUGUAAAGCGAGCGUAACACGAAUGUAGUUGUAAAUGGUAUAACUAAAGGUAAAGUUAAAUAAGAAACAUAUAAUACAAAAUAUUUGCAUUUCAGCAAAACAGUUCGCAUAAAUCACCUGUGGAUUUUACUUGCUCACGUUUAAUCUUAUUUUUAUCGUGAGAAAUAAUUCUGUCACACUAUCUCUGUUAAAUUGGCUCACUAUAGUAAAAGCUUUCGGGAAUACUCAAUAAUUACCUGUAACGUUGAUUAGUAAGUGUCAAAAACAACAGUUUUUAUAGUAAAUGUAAUUCAGGCAGUAUUUGGGCACCCUCAGCGCGCAGGACCCUCUUCAGUCCACUAUGGCGGCGCCCGGUGGAGUUCUGAACUGUGAGGACUUUUCAAUGUUUCAGGAAGUAUUAAAAGUGAUGCGCACCAUAGAUGACAGAAUUGUCCAUGCCCUCAAUACUACUGUGCCCACUGCAUCCUUUUCAGACAAAGUGGAUGCCACACAGACCUGCAAAGAACUUUACGAAUCUCUCAUGGAAGCUCAUCUUUCCAGAGAUAAGGCAAUAAAGUCAUGCAUUACAGAGACCUCUGCUGUCGUCGGGCAGUUACGUGAAGAGAGGGCAAAAGACAGCGACAACUUGUCAAUAAUCAAGCAACUCAGGAAAGAGCAAACUAAGUUAAAACUCAUGCAGUCUGAGCUAAAUGUUGAAGAAGUGGUUAAUGACCAGAGUCUGAAGGUUUUCAAUGAAAGGUGCCGAAUUCACUACAUCCCUCCCAAGAUCAAGUGAAUAAUACUUCUGUCAACACAGUUGUUCUGCGGAAAACACCUGGAGCUGAGCCUGGACAUUGUCACUGACCCCACAAACCCUCCUCCAUCAUUAUGCUCUGUGGCUUUGUGUUUCUACAGUGAGGAAACACUACUGUCGCCCGAGUCCUGUAAACCUUUUCGUAUAAAUAUUGUACAAAAGAUUUUAUAAACCAUGAAAUGUUUUCCAAUUAAUGAAAAGUUGUCUGUUAUUUGCUUUGCAAUAUAGUGAUUAAUGUUCAUUUGAAGUGAAAGGGACGUCUGUUCUCAGAUGUUGAUGUGCACCUGUGUCAAAGGUUAAAGCAGGGGUUUUCCAACCCGAUCUCAUGGGAAAACUACUAUUUCACGAGUUGGUGAUUUCAUAUGAAUUUGUACGAAGUGAAUUGUGUGAACGUAUGAUUUUUAGAAAAAAGUAAGCUUGA